GGGCGCGGAGCGGCGGCGGGAGGCGGGCGCUGUCCAUGGCCCUGCGGAGCUCCGGGCGGCCCCGGGCUCCGCCGCGCCGCCGAGCGAGCGAGCGAUGGGCAACACGGUGCACAAGACGCUGGCAGACACGAGCCACCAGACCCGCUCGGUGUCCAGCCGGCCCUACUACAGCUUGCCCAACAGCAGCCAUGAGAGACGCUCGGUGCUGGCCGUGGCGGAGCCGCCGCGCUUCCACUCGCAGGCCAAGGGCAAGAACGUGCGGCUGGACGCGCACUCGCGCAGGGCCACGCGCAGGAACAGCUUCUGCAACGGCGUCACCUUCACCAACCGGCCCAUCCACCUCUACGAGAAGGUGCGCCUCAAGCUGGUGGCCGUGCACCACGGCUGGAGCGGGGCCCUGCGCUUCGGCUUCACCAUCCACGACCCCUCGCAGAUGAGCUCCGAGGAGAUACCAAAGUACGCCUGCCCCGACCUUGUCACCCGCCCCGGCUACUGGGCCAAGGCUCUGCCGGAGAGGUUUGCGGUCAGGGACAAUAUCUUGGCCUUCUGGGUGGACCGGCACGGCAGAGUCUUCUACAGUAUUAAUGAUGAGGAGCCAAUCUUGUUUCACUGUGGUAUUAAAGUUUCCGGGCCUCUUUGGGCCCUCAUAGACGUCUAUGGAAUUACCCACGAAGUGCAAAUUCUAGACAGCAUGUUUGCAGAGACCAUGACCACUGCCCGGCUCAGCACCGCCCGGCUCAGCACCUGCCUUCCCCAGAGCAACCACGACUCGGCCAACUUCAACAACAACGAGCUCGAGAACAACCAAGUGGUGGCCAAAAUUGCAAACCUGAACCUGAGCCGGGUGCCAGGGCUUGGGACUGACAACCACAUCAUCCCCUGCUGCCCCGGCCGGCGGCAGCACGCCCAGGGAGUCCCGGCGUUCCUGGACACCGACCUGCGGUUCCACCCCACCCGCGGCCCCGACAUCACCUUUUCCCAGGACAGGAUGGUGGCCUGCACCAACUGGCAGGAGAGCAACAGGACUUUGGUGUUUUCUGACCGGCCUUUGCACAUCGGGGAGAGCCUCUUUGUGGAAGUAGGACACCUGGGGCUGCCGUACUACGGGGCCCUCUCGUUCGGCAUCACCUCGUGUGAUCCGAGCACUUUGCGGACAAACGAGCUCCCGGCGGAUCCGGACUUUCUCCUGGACCGUAAGGAGUACUGGGUGGUUUACCGGGCCUUCCCGGUCCUCAACAGCGGCGACAUCCUCAGCUUCAUGGUCCUGCCCAACGGAGAGGUGCACCACGGGGUCAACGGGGCCAGCCGGGGGAUGCUCAUGUGCGUGGACACCUCACAGUCCCUCUGGGUGUUUUUUACCAUCCACGGCGUCAUCAACCAGCUCAAAAUCCUGGGCACGGUGCAGUCCAGCCCAGGGACGGUGUCUCCCUCAGGAUCCCCCGGUGGCUCCCAGUACGACAGCGACUCGGACGUGGCCUUCAGCGUCAACAGGUCCUCAUCAGCCUCUGAGUCCUCGCUGGUGACUGCCCCCAGCUCCCCUUUGAGCCCCCCCAUCUCUCCUGUCUUCUCCCCUCCGGAGCCAUCGAGCAGCAAGAACGGGGAGUGCACGGUGUGCUUUGACAGCGAGGUGGACACGGUGAUCUACACCUGCGGACACAUGUGCCUCUGCAACACCUGUGGUCUUAAGCUGAAGAAGCAGCUCAACGCCUGCUGCCCCAUUUGCAGACGGGUCAUCAAAGAUGUGAUUAAAAUCUACCGCCCUUAGCGCCCGCCGGGGGCUGCAGGAAGGGGGAACGCCGCUAGCAACCCUCGCCUUUCCGUCCCUGCUUCUGGGUUAUCGUGCUGGUCAGUCGUUAUCAAGUGGCUCGUUAUCUGUGUUUCCUUAUUUGACUGCUAGGGCACAAUUCAGGGAGCAAAGCUGAGCGUGGUGUGGGGCCUGGCCAGGACCCCAGCCAGCUGCAAAUGAGAAAUUUUCCAGUGAAAAGGCUCUUUUUUCCCUCCUCCCGCUGUGGGGGAGGCUCGCCGUGCUGCGGGUCGGGAUGGGGAGGUUGCCACUUGGGCAGUGCUAGGUGCCACUGGGCUUCCUGACCCUAAAACCUGACAGCUCUGAGCUGCUGCCAGGGCUUUGUGCUGUGAUGGGGCAAAACUGGGACGAGGCCCAGCGGUGGACAGAAUUGAUCUGGAAAUGUCAUGUAAGGAGAACCAUCUCAGGCCAAAUAGUGGCACAGCCAGGUUGUCACUUGGGUUCUGACCCCAUCAAAAGGCCCGUGGGGACAUGGAGGAGCUGGUCUGGGCUUAGAUAAAGCAGAUUUUUCUUUCUGUGGCACAACAGGGAAUUGUGGCCAUGGAGGCUGAGAGCCAGGGAGCUGCCCUGGGGUAGCAGUGAGGAGCACGAGCCCAGGCAGAGCCAGGCAGCCCGUGAGGGGCACCUCGGGCACUGCCCUGCUGCCUUCUGAAGCCAUAAACUGCAGCCUGUGGAUGGCAGGGGCGUCUGGAUGGGCACACUGCACUUGGCACUGCAGUGAUGGGCUUUGUCACCUGCAGGCACACACCCCUGCACUCUGCUCUGCCCUCCUGGCAGGUGGCACAGAUGCCCUGUCACCCUGUCCUGACCUUCCCCUGAGCCAUGGCAGGGCUCAGCCUUCCUCCCGCCCUGCCACGGGGAUUUUUUGGAGGCUCUGGUGAGGAAUUCAUUUCUGACCCAGUCCCAUCAGGCUCACCUUUAUUUCUGGGGACUGUAUAUGCUGAUUUUACCUGCUCUUUCUCCAGCCUUUGCAGAUUUCCCAGCACAGCUCCCAGCUGCCUGCACGCUGGGUCUCAACUGUACCUGAGACCUUGUUGAGAAAAACAGGGACUGUCUCACUUGGCUUUACUGAGGAGGAGAGAAAAAGGCUCUGAGGAUGAAUUAGAUGGUGGGAAUUAAAAGGUAAAUGGGUUUUGGGUGUAAUGCCAGCUGCAGGCAGCACCUGAUUGUUCAGCAUCGGGGCUGGUGUGAGGAGCUCAGCAUCCUCCUUCCUGCUGCUCCAGCAGGAGCUGCCCUCCAGUCUCUGUCCUUUGCCCAUUGCACAACCCUUAUCCUGUCCUUCAGCCCCAGCCUGGCCAGUUUCCAGCUGCUUCAGGCACAGAAAUAGGGAAUAAAGAUGGAAAUGGGAGGAUGAGAGGAGCUGUGUCCCUGCAGCUCGGUGACCAUGUGCUACCAAGUGCAUAAAAACAGCUUUUCAGAAAGGUGUAAUUAUCACAUUUUAGUCUGGAAAAAGGAGAAAAUUGAAUAACUCCUGUACAUUUCAGGGCUUCUGGGCACAAAGGGAGCCAGAGGGAUGUCUGGCUAUUCCCUCUCUCCUCCGAGGCUGUGGGUGUGUGGUGCUGCUGUGCCAGGAGAGCUGAAUUUGGCUACUGGUCUGUGCCAGCCCUGUGCCAGCACUGUCCCAUGCUGCCAUCGAGGAGGGCACAGCCAGGGAGCAGCUCAUCCUCCUCCUGCAGUGGGCUGUGCUCACAGGACACCCAAACCUUGUGUUUUUUUCCUUGGAGAGCUGAUGAACAUUUUUCUUGAGUGCAUCAAGGAGAGGCUGCUGUGACCUCUCAGCCAUGGCCCUGCACGAGGGCCCAACAGCUUUGCAGAGCCCUUUUUGGGGACCUUUUUGGUGCCACUGGCUGUGCCACCACCCUCAGCAGAGCCACUGCACCUUUCCCUGCCACCUUUCCCCGAGGAGGAGCCAGGGCACAUUCCCUGCUUCUGGAGCUUUUCUGGAGCUCCCAGCUGGCUUGGCAUUCCCAGGGAUCUCCCAGCCCACGUUGGCAGAUCCAGGUCCAGCUGUGGGCAGUGGGCACAGCACCAAGGGCACGACAGUGCCAGGGUGUGUGCCAGCACCUACCUGGGCACUGCCAGCCGUGGGAAGCCUUUCCCUGGGGAGGAAUUCAAGGAAAGCUGUUGGAAUCCCCAGCCUGGAUCAGGUCUGGGCCAUUCCAGCGGGGCAGAGCCCCCUUUGCUCGGUGCCACCUCAGGGUCUCCAUCAGCAGGGUGGGUGCAGCCUGGGUGGGGUUUUUUUGGUGUUGCUCUGUUUUGUAUUUUUAAGCCAGCAAGGAGAAACACCGAAUCCACCCCAGGAGCUGCUCAGGACACUUUGCAGAGGCUGAAUUUUUGCUGUAGCAGCCAAAUCCAGUUUGCAAGAAGGGGCAGCACCCAGUGAGGCCAGCAAGGGAACCGAGUGGGAUGGGACAGCAGUGGACUGGUGGCCCUGCCUAUCCAAGAGCAACAGGAAUUUUCCAAAAUAGGCCUCAAAAAAUAAAAUUAAAAAAAAAAAAAGAUUUCCAGGAAAAGGUAGCCUCUUACAGAUUUCAUUGUUAGUAUUCGUAUUGCUAUUUUUUUUAAACAGUCCAAUGAUAUAUGAUUUGUACAGAAGAUCUGUUUGUGCCUUAUAACGGUGUCUGUGCACUUUUUAUCCUUUUUAAAGCAACUUUUAAAAAGAAAAAAAAAAUAUGGGGGGAGAAAACCAACACAGAUCAAUGGUAGUUUUAUAGAAUUUUGUGUUCACUGCUUUUUAUAUAUAUAUAUGAAUAUACAUACAUACAUACAUAUAUAUAUAUAUAUAUAUAGGAGUGAAAAAGUGUUUAUUUCCAUGGAUUUUCCCCUCCUCUCCUCCUUAACCUUUGUUUGAAAAUGUAAGGAAAAAGGAAGAAAUGAAAGAGAUGGGGGAACUCUUUUACCUCUCCCCCUUUCUGAGGCAGUUCCUCUCUUGUCCUUACCUUUAUCAUUCAAUACUGUGACCUGUAUUAUCUUGUUGAAGCUGAAUCAGAUUUUGGACCUCUGUAUUAGGCUUUUCAAGCAAAAUUUUGGGGGGCCUGGGGAGGGAGGGCAUCGCACGAGGGAGGGAGCUGCACCUCUACAUGUCAGUGCUCUAUAGUGUUCAGUGCUGUGUGUUUUCCUUUUGUCCAUUUACCUGUUUUCCAUGAAUAUAAUUUUGACUUGUUUAUGAAACAAAUAAACCUUUGGCUUGUA